CUCAUAUUUACAGUCUCUGGUCUCUCCAUGUAACGAGGAGAAGUCCUUGUUUUGAUCCUUCUUCAAUCCUUCUCAUCAAGAUGAAGUCUUCAGCUGAUCAUCCUGAUGUUUGGAUGUUCAGUAAAUGCACUUGGUUGACACUAUCAUUGCUGAUUCUCCUGAUGAACGUCUCCACAGGUCAAACUCUGACAUGUGGUCCAUACGAGUAUGAGACACCUGGUGGAUGCUGUCCUAUGUGUCCACCUGGAGGUCGAGUUUAUGAAGACUGCACAGAGUCCAGAAGUACUCUCUGUGAGCCCUGCCCUGAAGGAACCUUUAUGGACCAUCGGACUUACCGUACACAGUGCUACAUCUGUAAAAGCUGUGAUGAAGGUUCUGCUCUGAAGAUGAAGACGUCGUGUACGAUAGUAUCAGACACAGUUUGUGAACCUCUGGAAGGAUUUUACUGCUCAGACUCUAGAAAGGACGACUGUGAGGAAGCAAGGAAACACAGACGCUGUAAACCAGGAGAAUACAUCAGAGUACACGGAACUUCCUCCACAGACACCGUGUGCUCGACCUGCUCUGAUGGAACAUUUUCAAACGGGACGUUUACAUCUUGUCAGAAUCACAAACAAUGUGAAUCAGAGGGUCUGCUGCUGCUGAGAGCAGGAACUAAGACAGAGGACGCUCAGUGUGGAGGAAAAGUGUCACACAGGACUGCACUGAUUAUCUGUGUUGUUGUUGUUGUUGUUGUUGUUGUUGUUGUUGUUGUUGUUGUUGUUGUUGUUGUGAUGUUUUUAGUCUUUGUACUCAGAAUGUUUUAUUUCAGACCGAGAAGGAUAAUUAGACAUCUAAUCUCAGGAAACAGAAGACAAUCAGGAAUCUACUACCAGGUGUGAAUUCAGGACAAUCAUCUCAGGAGAAUCUGAUGUCAGAUGACGUCGAAGACGGUGCAGAGUGAAUCAUCUCCAGGAUCCUGUUCUGGUCCAGCUGCUGAAUCCUGACACACUGUUGAUAUCUAUUUAUAUUUAUAUGUAUAUAUGUGUUUAUAUCUGUUUUUAUAUCUGUUCCAGUUUUGUUUCUGAGACGAUGAUUGAACACAAACACUUUCAUCAGCGCUCCAUCGGCUCUCUCACCAUCAAGUUUAAAUAUUUUAGAAAUUAAAGAUUGUCUCUUUUAUUUCUUGGGCCGGCUGUGGUUCAGUGGUGGUCGGUCGUCUCCCAAGUGAAAGGUUGUGGGUUCGAUCCCCAGCUCCUGCAGCAACAUGUUGAUGUUUCUUUGGACAAAACAUUUAACCCCAAAUAACUCCCUCUGCUGCAUCAUCAGGGUGUGAAUGUGUAAAGAUGAGUGUGAGCUGAGAUGAGAUCAGAUGUUUUUAUUAUGAUUUUUAUUAUAUUUUUAUUUACUUUUGGGUUUGUAAAAAAGCCUUUGUUGCACUUUAUGUUAAAAUAAUUCAUGUGAUGUAUUUCUGUUAAACUCUUUAUUUCUGAUUGAACUAAAUGUAUGACACGA